AUAUAAUUUUCACUCAUGGAGAGUAUUGUUUUCCCUUUAGUUGCUCUGCUGUUUGUUCGGUUCAUGGUGAUUAGUACAGCAUCGGUUGUGACUAACAUCACCACCGAUCAAUAUGCUCUUCUUGAUUUCAAAGCUCAUAUAACCUCUGACAUCUUAGCUCAAAAUUGGUCGACCACCACUCCCAUAUGUCAAUGGGUUGGCAUCUCUUGUGAUGCACGUCAUGGAAGGGUCAUUGUCUUGAAUCUCCCAAACAUGACACUCCAAGGAACCAUCUCUCCGCACCUUGGAAAUCUCUCAUUCCUAAUCUCUCUAAACAUCUCAUUCAACAAUUUCCAUGGGCCUUUACCAAAAGAGUUGGGAAAGCUACCUCGACUCAAGCGAAUUGAUGUUUAUAAUAAUAGCUUUUCUGGUAUCAUCCCUCAUUCCUUGUUCAACAUGUCAAAGCUGGAGAUUCUGAAUUUAGGCUACAAUCUUAUUGAAGGGAGCAUCCCAUUUGAGGAAGGCCAACUUCCCAGUCUGAAAGUAUUAUAUGUGCAUAACAACAGGCUUUCAGGCUCUUUGCCAAAUGGUAUGAGUAAAUGUCUCCCAAAACUAGAGAAGUUAGCAUUAUCAAAUAACACGUUUGUUGGAAACAUACCAAGGAGUAUCGGGAAUCUAACUAAGCUCAAGGAGUUAUAUCUAAGUUUCAACAGCUUAACAGGUGACAUUCCGCAAGAACUGGGUAAUCUUGUUGAAUUGGAGACACUUUUCAUGGGGAGGAUAGGAGUCGCAUGUCCAGUUCCGUUUUUCAUCUUCAACAUGUCUUCUCUAAAAAAGAUUGAUAUGCGUGAAAAUGGCUUAGUUGGGAGUCUUCCGGUGGAUAUAUGCUACCAUCUUCCUCUACUUCAGUGGCUUUUUCUUAAUGAAAAUAAGCUUAUAGGAUGGAUACCCAAAAGUAUUGGAAAUUGUACUCUACUUGAGGAGUUAUGGCUCGGGGAUAAUUAUUUGAAAGGUACAAUCCCCCUUGAGGUUGGGCACCUGCAACACCUGGAGAAACUAGAUAUGAUGUCCAACAACCUUGCCAGCAUCAUUCCAUCUAGUAUUUUCAACAUUUCAAUUCUAAAAAUUCUCUCAUUGUCAGACAACCAACUCACAGGAAAUCUUCCAUCAAGCAUAGGCCAUACACUUCCAAAUAUUGAGGAAAUUUAUCUAUCGGACAAUCAACUUAGCGGACCAAUCCCAAGUUCUAUCUCCAAUGCUUCCAAACUCACAACGAUAGACUUGUCAAAUAACUCCUUCACUGAAAUUAUUCCCACCAAUCUUGGUAACUUGAGAUCCCUUCAGUGGAUUAGCCUUGCAUUCAAUCUCUUGGAUGGUGCAUCAUCUUCCCAAGAAUUGAUGUUUCUCUCUUCCUUGACAAAUUGCCAGAAUUUAAGAUUUCUUGACUUACAAGACAAUCCAUUGAAUGGCAUUCUUCCAAGUUCUAUUGGAAAUUUCUCUUCGGCACUUGAAAACGUUUAUCUAGGACAUUGCAGACUUAAAGGGGGCAUUCCCAUAGAAAUUGGUAACUUAAGCUCCAUAAUACUUAUAACCCUUUCAGAAAAUGAACUAACUGGAUUAGUUCCACUGGCAAUCGGUAGAUUACAAAAGCUCCAAAUAUUGAAUCUUUAUGGUAAUAAGUUACAAGGAUGGAUUCCAUCAGAGCUUUGUCAAUUACAAAAUGCUUACUCUUUGGCACUUCAUGACAAUAUGCUAAAUGGAUCAAUACCUGCAUGUAUUGGCAAUCUAUCUAGUAUGAGAUAUCUUAACUUGAGCUCCAACAGGCUCAGUUCUGCAAUCCCAGCAACCUUGUGGAGCCUUACUGAUAUCUUGCAAGUUUACCUAAAUUCAAACUCUUUGAGUGGCUCCCUUUCUCUAGAAAUUAAAAGUUUGAAGGUCCUCUUCGAACUUGAUUUGUCGAGAAAUCAACUGUCGGGUAAUAUUCCCAAUGGCAUUGGGGAACUAAAAGAUCUAAAGAAACUAUUACUUGCAGAAAAUAGUUUUGAAGGUAAUAUUCCAGAAUCAAUUGAUGGAUUGAUAAGCUUGGAGAGUUUGGAUCUCUCUAGUAAUAACCUCUUCGGAGUGAUUCCAAAGUCCUUGGAGAAACUAUCAUAUCUUAACUAUUUCAAUGUCUCUUUCAACAAGUUACAAGGAGAAAUUCCAAAAUCUGGACCGUUUGUAAACUUUUUGGCUCAAUCAUUUGUGUCCAACAAUGGGCUUUGUGGCUUACCCCGAUUUCAAGUCUCACCAUGCAAAGCUAUCAGAACAGUAAGAUCCAAGCCAAUUUUAUUGAAAUACAUUUUGCCUGCGGUAUUUGCAUUUGCAAUAUUGGUGGUGCUUGUUAUAAUUAUUUUUCUAAGAUGCCGAAAAAUGAAACAAAAUUUGCCAGUAAAAGACAAUCUAAUACCUCUGGCAACUUGGAGAAGACUUUCAUAUCUGGAACUUCAACAGGCAACAAAUGGAUUUAGUGAGGCCAAUUUGCUUGGCAAUGGAAGUUUUGGCUCUGUGUACAUGGGAAUAAAGGAUGGAAAGAAAAUUGCAAUAAAGGUGUUCAAUUUGCAAUUAGAGGGAAUUUUUAAGAACUUUGAAACCGAGUGUGAAGUGAUGCGUAACAUUCGACAUCGAAAUCUUGUGAAGAUUAUUAGCACUUGUACGAACAACAUGGAUUUCAAAGCCUUGAUAUUGGAACUCAUGCCUAAUGGAAGCCUACAAAGAUGGUUGUAUUCUCACAACUAUUUCUUGGAUGUAGUCCAAAGACUAAACAUAAUGGAAGAUGUUGCCUCCGCAUUGGAAUAUCUUCACGAAGGCUAUUCAACACCAAUCAUUCAUUGUGAUCUAAAACCCAGCAACAUCCUACUGGAUGAAGAUAUGGUGGCACAUGUAGGUGACUUAGGCAUUGCCAAACUCUUGGGUGAAGGAGAAGCUAUGAGACAAACAAUGACAUUGGCAACCAUUGGAUACAUGGCUCCAGAGUAUGGAUCGGAGGGAAUUGUUUCUACAAGAUGCGAUGUUUAUGCUUUUGGUAUCCUAUUGAUGGAGACUUUAACGAGAAAGAAGCCUACUGAUGAAAUGUUUGAUGGGGAAAUGAAUAUGAAAAGUUGGGUGAAACAGUCAUUAGCACAUGGUCUAACUGAAGUUGUUGAUGCCAAUUUGUUGAAGAGAGAGGAUAGACAUUUUGUUGCUAAAUUUAAUUGUAUUUACUCUGUUAUGGAAUUGGCUUUGGCUUGCACAGAAAAUUCGCCAGAAGAUCGGAUAAACAUGAGCAAUGCUUUGGUUAUGCUAAAAAAGAUCAACAAAAAGAUGUUGCAGGAUAUUGGAGCGGAACGUAACACAAGAUUUAGAAUGAGGAGGCAGUCAUAGCUUCUGAGAAAUAGGCAUUGGGUGGACUUAGACUCUUUAAGUUAAUAAGUCAUAGUUUCUGAGAAAUGGGCUCUCCUUCAACUAGUGUAGAGAUGUACGUUCUUUUCGGGAGUUGUUUCUUCGGCCAAAGUACUGUUGAUGUUAUGUAAACUGAACUUGAUUGUGGGCUUUUUUGUUUUGUUUUGUUCAUGGCAUGUUUG